AACCACCCUUCAGCUGAUAAGAUUUUUUCACGUCACAAAUUUGUUAUUUACUACAGAAUUUUAUUGGAAUAAUUAAAAAAACGAGAUAAUUUUUAAGUUAAAUCAUGGCACCACCAGCGGCCAGGCAACGUUAUAAUGCCAAUAAACAGGACAACAAUGUGGGUUCACGAAAACCUCCUAAAAAGCUCAACACAACAGUGACAAAGAAAGAAAACAAGAAAUUAAGUAAUAGUCAUAAAAAUCAACAGGAAACAGCGUCGAGUAGUGAGAAAACAAAUGUAGUGCCAAGUGUUCAUACGGCUUUCAAAACAUUUGUUAGCGCCCGUUUAUGCAGUGCCAUUUGGGCCUAUAUAUCGGACUGUGAUGAAACCUACAACUAUUGGGAACCACUGCACUAUAUUAUUAACGGUCAUGGCCUACAGACCUGGGAGUAUAGUCCACAAUUUGCUUUACGUUCAUACACUUAUCUGUUGUUGCAGGGAGUUCCUGGAUGGAUUUAUCAAAAAGUGUUCCAUCCUAGCCCAAUAUUGAUUUUUUACAUGAUACGUUGUAUGCUGGGUUUUGGUUGUGCCGUAAUGGAAAGAUUUAUGUACAAAUCCAUUUGUCAAGAAUUUGGUAUACAUAUAGGCCGUUUAUGGCUUAUAUUCCAACUAUUUAGUGUGGGCAUGUUUGUUUCUAGCACGGCUUUAUUGCCUUCAUCCUUUGCUAUGUAUUUCGGUUGUUCGGCAUUGGCCGCUUGGUGGACUCAAAAGUAUCCUUUGGCUGUAUUUUUCAUAGCCAUUUCGGCUUUAUUGGGUUGGCCUUUUGCUGGUCUAAUUGGAGUACCAAUAGCAGUGGAUAUGCUAUUACGUAAACGCAUGUUCCGGACGUUCUUUUUGUGGGCCGGUAUAUCAGCUGCUACUAUUGCCAUACCUAUGACUGUCAUUGAUUCGAGCUAUUUUGGAAAAUUCACAUUUGCUCCUUUGAACAUUGUCAUAUAUAAUGUGUUUACCAGCCAUGGUCCAAAUAUCUUUGGUACUGAACCUUUGAGUUACUAUUUGAUAAAUGGAUUUUUGAAUUUCAAUAUUGUUUGGCUUUUAUCGUUAAUCACACCCAUAAUGUUAGUAAUCGACUACUUUGUGGUGCCCGCCAAAUCAAGUUCAACUUUAAAUUUUCCACGUUACCUAACGUUAGCACCAUUCUAUUUAUGGCUGUUGGUAUUUUUUGCUCAACCCCAUAAGGAAGAACGUUUUCUAUUCCCUGUUUAUCCGUUAAUAUCUCUGUGUGGUGCCAUUACAGUAGAUGUGUUUCAACGUAUAUUUUUCCGCCUUAAAACUCUAGUGGUAAAAAUUAAAAAUGCUACUUCUGGCGCUCAUUAUUUGGAUCACACCAUGUUCAUAGCAAUUUUCAUAAUGAUGAUAAGUACUUUAAUGGGUUUAUCACGCGUAUUUGCACUCUAUCGUAAUUAUCAUGCUCCCAUGGAUCUAAUGAUGGAAUUAACACAAUUCAAAACUACACCACAAUAUAGACAAAAUCAAAUAUAUAAUGUUUGUAUUGGCAAGGACUGGUAUCGUUAUCCUGGCAGUUUCUUCUUUCCCGCUCAAAACUUUCGUUUACGUUUUCUGAAAUCCGAAUUCGAUGGAAUGCUACCAGCCUACUAUGCUGAAGGGGAAAAUGCUACACAAAUAAUACAUCCCUAUUUUAAUGAUAUGAAUAAGGGUGACGAACGUAUGCAUUUCCCGUAUGAAAAUUGUGAUUUUCUAAUAGAUUUCGAUGAAGGAAAAUAUACUGAACUACAACCUAGCUACUCGAAAAGAACAAAAGAUUGGUCUAUAAUGAAAAGUUUACCGUUUUUAAUAACAGAAAAAUCCCAUAGAUUUUAUAGAGCAUUUUAUAUACCUUUCUUAACCGAUAAUUACACGAAAUAUGGCAAUUUUAAUCUAUUGAAAAGAAAGAAAAUGAAACUUAGUUAGAUUUAAGGAUACUAAUAUGGAAUGGGUUAAUUUACUUAAGUUUUUUAUAGGUUUAUACAUAUGUAAAGACAGCAUUUAAAAGGGCAACGACUUUUGAAAAAAAAAAA